AUGGCUCAGGAACCUUACACGCGAGACGGAAUUGCAGUGGGAUUUCCAUUGCAAUGGACAAUUUAUCAACAAGGAAAUGUAGAAUAUCCUCCUAGGGCCAUUAUUAUUAACUGCAACAAAAAAUGGUCUCCGGCUAUCGUAGCAAUUGAACGCGAUAAUGUUGCAAUCAUUAUAGAAGCACAAGAAGCAUCUUUACUGUUUAUCUCACAAUACUCUCCUCCUUCUGCAGAUAUUUUGGCUACUACACAGUUUCUUACAGAUACCCUGCAAAAGAUUAAAAUUCCUCUUAAAAUAAUUACAGGCGAUUAUAAUGCCCACAACACGGUUUGGGGGUAUGCUUCUACGAAUGACAAAGGAAGCCUUCUGGAGGAUUUUCUGUCUGCUAAUCAUCUUGUUUUACAUAACACAGCAGACGCUCCUCCGACAUAUGACAGAAUCUACGCACAAGGCUGGCCUGAUUUGACGGUCAGUUCAGCCUCAGCUGCGCCAUUAAUACAAAAUUGGAGGGUUAAUGAUGAAAUUAGCUUAAGCGACCAUCGUUACAUUACUUUCUCAAUAGAGCAACCGACGACAAUUAAUAUUAUUCGUCGUUACAACCUACCUGGUAGGCGUAAACGUGCUUUUACUACUAGAGUCAAGAAUUUGUUUGAAGGUAUUGAACAACAGCUAACUCAAGCGAACUCUAGAGACGAAUUGGAGAAUUUCACAGUGACUCUACAAAAGUGUAUACAGCAAGCGUGUGAUGACAUAUUGCCACAGCGUAGUACUAAAAAACUGACUACGAUCAAUUGGUGGAGUAGUGAACUUCGUAUUCAGCAGAGGCAAUGUCGCGCAUUACGUCGAAGGUUAAAGACUGAGCGUAGACUAAACCUUCCAGCUAAGACCCUCCCAAUUUAUCAACAGGCAAGAGCGAAGUACAAACGUUCAAUUUUGCAGGCUAAAAUCAAUUCAUGGCAUGCUUUUUGUACAGAGUCACAAAACAUCUAUGGUAUUCAUCAUAAGAUUAUGACUGGAAAGCUGUUUAGGCCUGCCCAGUUACACAUCCCUACACGAAUAAAUGUUACUCAGGACUACACAAGGGAAACAUUAAUACAGAUCCUGGAUUCCGUCUUCAGUCAGGAUGACCCAACCGAAGAUUCUAAGCAACAAGCAACUAUACGUACAGAACAGAUGUCUACCAACGUGCCACCGGAUAGGGAUAUUACAUUGAAAGAACUAAAACAUAUAUUAGCGCAUUUGCCAAAGAAAAAGGCCUCUGGCCCUGAUGGCAUUGAUUUUGCAAUCGUUAAAACAGUCGUUUUGGCCAGUCGUUUUGGCCAAGCUAACAAUCUUUGUUAG